AUUUGAAAAUAGACUCGUUUUGCUUUGAACUGUUGCGAGCGAAACGCAGCCCUAAAAUCAUUGGAGCGCGAAAAAGAAAAUGGCGCCAUUGAAGUCUCUGGAGGAGCUUUGCCCAUUCAUAGACUCUAAUUUCCUAACCUUUUGUGCUUCACACGGCAUUUUCACUGUGGAGGAUUUCCUCAUCCGUGAUCUAUACGUUUUAGCUGCUUUUGCAGAACAACAGCCUGCAUCAGAGAAAUUGAAGCAGGGAAUUACCCAAAUCCUUUCAAUAAUUGAUGCUACUGAACGACAACCAUGGGUCAAUGGUUUGGAGCUCUUGGAAGAUGCUCGAGAAAACAAGAAUAUUCUGUCUAUUGGUUUUGAAGGGGUUGAUGUUUUGCUUGGAGGUGGGCUACGCGAGGGACAGUUGACUGAGAUUGUUGGGCCAUCGUCUUCUGGUAAAACUCAGGUUUGUCUGCGAGCUGCUUCCAAUGUGGCAAAGAACUACAAGGCUGAGGUUUUCUACAUGGACACAGGGAAUUCCUUUUCACCCCAACGCAUCUCAGGCUUUGUUAAUUGGAAGCCCGGAACUGCUUUAGAUUGGAGUGAACAGAGCAUGCUUCAGCGAGUAAUGACCAGUAUUUCAUGUCACUCUGUAUUCAACAUUUUUGCACUGUUCGAUGUCUUGCAUCAGUUGGAAUUCAAUUUGAGAUCCCAGACGUGCAAAGGGGAUCGAAGAGUGCAGUUACUGAUUAUAGAUUCAAUUUCAUCGCUAAUUACACCCAUCCUCGGUGGAAGUAGUUCACAGGGACAUGCUUUGAUGAUAUCUGCUGGAACUCUACUGAAGAAAAUAGCUCAUGAACAUAAUAUAGCUGUACUGGUAAUUUCUUACUUGAAGAUUCUUCAAUUACAACAUGGCUUUCUGUCAACAGUAACAAAUCACACUGUGGGCGGAGAUAGAGGUACUUCAAAACCUGCCCUAGGAGAGAGUUGGAAGAGUGUUCCACAUGUGAGGCUUCAGCUUUCCCGAGAUGCAGGAAGCAAUGUCUGCCAAGCUUCAAUAUUAAAACACUCGUCCAUGGCAUCUGGUAUGACUGCAAGAUUCGUAAUUUAUGAAUGAAAAGAAGGAACUCCUUGUACUUUGAAACAAGAAAAUGGCAACUUCAAUUCUGAUUCUUAGUGAAGUGUGAAGGUCAGUACAAUCACUGCAACCUUGCUAGCUUUUGCUUGUUGCUUUAUCUGUAAACUAUCUUGAUGAGUAAAAGAGUUCUGUACACAAUGAUGAUGAAUUUAAAUAUUAAUUUGCAAUAUAUUUCUUGCUUGUUUCUAUUUUCUAGAAGGGAAAAAA